AUGUCAAGGGAAACAGUGCUUUACGGUGGCCAUUCUUGUGCGACCCUUGCACGGGGAAUUGCAAUGGCCAACCAUGGGGAGCACGGUGAUCCGACAAAUGCCCUUCAGGCUCAAAUCGAGGCGUCUAUGGCAAAGAUAGCCGCGCAGCAGAAACGUCUGGCUGAGCUGAGCCAAGAUGUUCCUAUCCACCUGCCUGAAAAGCACCCAGCAGGUGCGCCUUAUGUUGCGAGGUCAGACGGAGCAUUUCUGGCUGGCACUGCUCAGACCACAUUGGAACAGACCCUGCCGAACAGCCUCCAAACAAUCCCUGGCCCAUCUAACUUGGGAAAGCAAACCACUAUCGAUCUCGAAAGUAUUGUGUCUACACCGCCACCUCCGGCAGGGGAGCGUAAGACCGACUAUCCUGACAUGCACGAGGGUUUCAACUCCGGGUUUCCAACUGGCACCCCGACGCCCAAAGGUAAAGCUCCCGGCUCCCCUGCUCCCAGCAUUGCCCAAACCUUUGUUGCAGAGCCUUUUGGUGACCAGCGUGGAGAAAAAGAGGAGAAAUCAGGAUCAUAUUGGAAGCCGCUCUCUUGCAUUUCUUGA